AUGGCCGACUUCACACCACAUGAAACGCUCCUCGCUCUUCAAUUCUCCACACCCACUAUAAAACCUUCAUCAUCUGUCCACUGUGAUUCUUCCACCAGCACCCAAUCCCGGUUUCUCACCUCUCCAGAUCGCCGAAACUCUCAUAGCUUGCCUCCUGCGUCUAUCACGCUACUACUUGAUCAGAAGGACUCCAUUAGUGAAGCUUUCCUUCCGGGGACAGUCGCCCCAAACUUGGCGCCCAUUUUAAGGGAGGGUUUGGGAUGUGUUAACGAGCGGAACUGGUGGAAUUUAGUUUCCCUUUUGACCCUUAUAUUCAUCUUUAAGACGGGUGGGAUAAUUGGAAAAGCUGCUUCUAUUGAGAAAGGAGAGAUGCUUAUCAAUCAGAUUAUAGCAGAGACUGAAGCAGGAGGUGUACCUAGCCUUUUAGGGUCCAUGAACAGAUGGAGAUUAAAGUUCAAAAUGAUAAGGUUGGUGUGA